AUGAAUCAAUCAUGGAGAGAGGGAAACUUCGAUCUGAAAUAUUUCUGGGCGGUUUUCGUUGCUAUCACAGCAUUGGCCACGUCGCUAAUGAACGCGCUGGUAGUCGGUGCGAUUUGCAAAGACCCGAGUAGAAAUUUGAAAACGGUGCCGUCCAAUUUGCUGAUCGCCAGCCAAGCCAUUGCAGAUUUCUUUGUUGGCCUAAUCCAUGACCCAUUGUGUAGCUGGUGGAUUUUAACGUUCUCAUCGACCGCCGCUCACGUUAUAGAGGCUGUCUGCUCCUUUUUCUUGGUUGCAUCGGUUUUGCAUGUUGUCGCGUUGUCUUUGGAUCGUUAUAUUGCCGUUUGGCGGCCAUUGAGCUACCCCUCCGUCGUCACCAAGAAAAAAGUGACCAUCUGGUGUAUUGUGAUAUGGUCUUACAGUUGCAUAUACAUGGCAUACCGCACUGUGCUCAGAGAGCUUAACCAUCCGAUUGUCAUCAUAAAUAUCCUAUCUGGAACUCAUACCAUUUUGCCUUCAUUCAUAAGCGUAAUUUUCUACAUCCGUAUUUACUUUGCACUGCGAAACAACAGGAAAAGGGCCUGUGUAUUGGAUGAUUCAGGGCAAAUAGUAGCGAACGCAUAUAGAAGAGAAAGGAACAUGACAAAGGCUAUGAUGGCAGUCUUGGGUCUUUUUCUCCUGUGCAUCACACCUUGGUUUCUUCUUUACCAAGUCAUUGGAGCUUGUCCAACUUGCAGCGAACAUACAUCUGUUGAAAUGUACCUGUUUGCAAUAUUUUAUUAUAUCUUUUUGCUGAAGUCCUUGCUUAAUCCGUUUCUCUACGCCUGGCGUCUUCCGAAAUUCAGAUCAGCCUUCAAAAUCAUGCUUAAAACCAGUAGGAUCUCACGGACUGACAGAAUAGGGACAAUGACAAAUUGA